AUGGCCAACUUCAAAGGACAUGCUUUGCCUGGUUCUUUCUUCUUACUGUUUGGCUUGUGGUGGUCUGUGAAAUACCCACUGCAACACAUCUGGAAGAAGAGGCAACAUGGCAGGAGGCAAGACCUUCCUUUACUAUCUAACAAGAUUGACCUCAUCGAGGGGAUUAUCAAGGUCUUUUUUGCUUUUGUGGGUAUCAUGGCAGAACAGUUUGUACCUGAUGGGCCUCAUGCUCACCUUUAUAAUGGUGACUGGGUGAAGCUAAUGAACUGGCAACACAGCACCAUGUACCUCUUCUAUGGCAUCUCUGGCAUCGCAGAUGUCCUCAGCAUGUCCCCGCUGCCUGUCCCAGCAGGGCUUGACCGGUUUGCCCUGUCUCUAGCACUCUUUAUUGAAGGGUUCCUCUUUUAUUUUCACGUCCACAAUCGGCCAGCCCUGGACCAGCACAUUCACUCAUUGCUGCUGGUGGCUGUGUUCAGUGGGUCAGCCAGCACAAUGCUUGAGGUGUUCAUGCGGGACAACUCUCUGCUAGAGCUGAUCAGAAGCAGCCUGGCCAUUGUACAAGGCACCUGGUUCUAUCAAAUAGGAUUUGUGCUGUUUCCUCUGAAUGGAGAAGAUUGGGACUUAGAGAGCCAUGGCAACAUCAUGUUUGUUACUAUGUGCUUCUGCUGGCAUAUUGCAGUAGCUUUUCUGAUUGUGGGGAUUAACUAUACCGUGGUGUGGUGGACCACAAAAAAGUUUGGAGAAAGGCACAAGGCAAACACAGAAAUUAGCCUCAGGAAAACCACUUAUACAGACUCCAGUUCCCAGAAGGCUUUACUCCAGGAAUCAGAUGAAGAAUCCUGAACAGUCAUGUGAAGACUUCUGAAUAUUAAAGCAAGCUAAUCAAGCUAUAUACCUGCAGAGAGGUAUAUAUGUAUAUAUAAGUACAUAUGUCGUUUGGUAUUACCUUCACCUAGGCUUUUAGAGAAAAUAAUAGGACAAAUGGAUAAGUCAUCAAAAACUCGCCAAAUUUCAAUUUAAAAGGGAAAAACCAGUCCUACUUUCUCAAAGCCUUGUAAAAAAAAAAGCACUGUAAAUGUUUCACACUGCACAGCCUCCCACCCCCAAAGAAACAUGUUAAGAAUAUUACUCAACACUGAGCACUGAAUAAAACUGAGCACAGAACAUUGAAUAAAACUUUUUUUUUUAAAGAGGGGAAGAAAUGCUUUGCAUCUAAGCAACAGGAGUAUAAGGCUAAUUUCAAGUAUGCCUGUCAAGCCUCUUAAAAUCAACUGUUACAAACCGGACAGACCUGCUUCUCCCUACGAUGUGCAUGUGAGCACCUAAGUAGACAUACAUACAAGCCUUCAAGUUUUAUUGUGUUUACCUGUGACUAUCACUUUUGUGAGAAUGAGUAAGAUAGCCACUAAUUAAAGGCACUGCGUUUCUAUUAAUGUGUAUAUAGAAAUGAUCCUUGUGGUUACAAUUAUUGAAUAGUAUUAUCUGAUUAAUAAUAUGUUAAGGUCAAAUAUAGAUUGUUGUAUCAAGAACUUCAUCUGCGAACAGAGCUUCAAUGCCAAAGUUGGUCAAGACAAACUUCCCACUUUCUAUUAUAAAUGCACAUUGGCAAUAUGUAAGUGGCCCUCAAAAAUAAAGUGGAUUUCAAAAUUAAGCCCUCAAAAAUAUCUAGCUACCAUUUUCCAUACUGUAUCUGAGGUUAUAUUUACUGUUAGCAUUAUUUAUUUAUGAGUUAUUUAUUUAUGAUGAAACAUCACAUAUAAGCAAUAUUAAUCAUUUUAGAAUUAAACUAGGAUUUUCUUUUUUUUUUUUUUA